AUGGAGGAGCAAUUUAUACUGAGAGUGCCCCCAGCCGUUGCUGAGAGAAUAGAGCGUCUGUUGAACGAUUCUUCUUCUUCUGAAGACAAAUCCUUGGACUUGUCAUUUUCUGAUGAUGGAAGGACUGGCAAAUUCGUAAUCGGGAAUGACAGUUUCUCCGCAUCCCUCUUGGAUCUUCCCACUGUUGUAGAGUCUUACAAAACAUAUGACGACAAUGUGUUGAUCAAAACUGCAGAUAUUGGCCAGAUGAUAAUGGUGAGAGAGGAGGGUGAAAGUGCAGAAACAGGGGAGUACAGGCAUGGGCUUACUCCACCAAUGAGGGAUGCUCAAAGGCGAAGAUUUAGGCGGGAGCCUGACUUAAAUCCGGAGCUUGUCCGUCGUGUCGAGAAAGAUUUGCAAAACAUCAUGGCUGAAGAGUUUGAUGCCACUAAUACUGGUAAGAAUGUGGUUUCAACAUCUUCAGCAAAGCCAGAUGUGCCUGAAACUGGAAUGGUAGGUGGGGAGCCUGACCCUGAUGGGAGUGAUUCAGAUGAGACUGAUGACUCUAUGUGA